UUCCUCUAAAAAGCAUUGCAAAUCAAGCUUUGAAAGUGACAAAAUGUCGCUAAGAUAUUCUUCAUCGCUAAAGUACAGUGCAUAUGACUUCGAUGACAACGGUAGUGGAAACAGCUUAGACGAUGGAAAUGCUUCUGACGAAGAUACAGAAGAAGCCAGUGAAGGAGAAAUGCCGAAAACAACAGAAUAUACAGAGAUCAAAGAACAGAUGUACCAGGAUAAGCUGGCUCAGUUUAAGAAGCAGCUAGCCCAACUGAAGGAAGGCACUUUACCGGAGUACAUCAAACGACAUAAGAAGAUAGAUCAGCAGUACAAGGAGAGGUUACGCAUGAAUGAGAUCUGGAGGAAUUAUGAGCUGGAAUGUGUUGAAAGAGACUAUAUCAAGGAGAAGCAGUAUACUGCUGUGGAAUUUGAGGAUAAGAAGAUAGAUCUGAAGGAGAGUCUGAUAAUGGAGCUGGAGGAGAAGAAGCGGAGUAUUGAGGCUGAGCAUGUACUGAUGGAGCUGACUGGAGAUCCAAUGGAAGUGAAGCCUGUGAUGACUCGCAAACUACGGCGGCGACCAAAUGACCCAGUUCCAUUACCGGAGAAGCGCAGAAAAGCUUCACCUACUCAGAUCAACUUUUUCCUGGAUGAAAUGGAAAUUAUGGAAGACUUGAAAAUCAUCAACAAAGUUAGUGGGAAGCCGAUUCACCGGAAACCAAAUCAGACACCCACAAUGCAUCUGGAGUUACCAACGGAAGCCAGAAUUGAUGAUGGGAGGUUAUACUAUGACAAAAGAUGGUUUCACCGAGGCCAGGCUGUAUAUGCUGAGUCCAAGGACACUGGUCGUGUGAGUGGAGUUAUAUGUGCUGUGGGAACACAAGAGAUUUAUAUCAGAAAGACAACAGACAACAGCAAGUUACGCAUUUAUCUGUCACAGUUACAGAAGGGGAAAUUCACCAUACGCCGGCGUUCUACGUGACCCUGAUGUCUGCUUUUAAAUUCAUCAUUUAUUUAUCGUUUGUCACUCUCCUACUUUACAUUGUACAUUUUUCCAUGUCUGUUAAUUAGGCUUGAAAGUUUCAAACUAUGGCUCGUUAGGCCGCUGUACAUUAGGAAGUGGACCAUACAUAACUGUAGACACAUAAAUUAAAAUGUAACAGAACUGGCAGUAUUAAAACUGAUUGGUGCAUCCAAAGUAAGGGACUUGCUACAUUAUGCAGAUGUACUUGUCAGUAGAUGCAGUCCCUAACCCAAGAGUGUAUUGGAGGCUGCUUACUGCCCUUUUAUAAUGGCAGUGUAAUCUGAACUCCUGCCUAUCUGACUCUCAGUUAGAGGCGGCAUAAGGUAUCGUGAGGUGCAUUUAAUUCCAUUCAUCUUCCUGGUGGCCACUGGGGAAGCUCAAGACGAUUACCUCGGGCAGUAGAGUCAGUGGUCUGUGCUCCAGAAUAAUGGAUAAUUUUGAAGGCCUUCUAGGGCAUUGGGAUGAGACUUAGAGGCGCCAGUGGUGGUCAGAU